GUACCUAGUAAGCUAACGUAUCUAGCUAGCACUCAGGUAGCUAACUACAGUUACCCAUAGCUGGCUAACUAGUUUUAAUAGUUUGGUCAUUUAUUCCAAUACAUUUCAGAAUUCCAAAACAUAUGUUUAUGAAUCUAGUUACGUUUUAUAGGCUCCUCACUACGAGACUAAGCCAAUUUGCCAAUGCUAAAAUCUAUGUCUAUAUGUAUUUUUUAGCAAGCUAGCUUCAUACUUUUUGCAGACAUGCCGAAAAUGCAGCCUUGUUGAUUAAAUUUAACACUUCGCGGCCACCAGAGUUUGACAUGUGACUGCAGUUUGCGUUGAAUUGUGGGUCAUAUCAACCCCGCAAGUGACCAAAGUUGUUCACUCGCUCCCUCGAGCUAAAUCGAGGGCCGAGGGAUCAACGUUAGUAAAUUGGACCUGCACUUAAAAUGGCAAUCAAACUGCAUCCGGUUUCGAUAGGGAUUCCCCCUAGGGAAAGUGGCUAGCGCAAGGACUGAGGGGGUAAAAAUAACGUGUUUGGACUGCUGCCAUGUUGUAUAUCUUCAAUUCCACCUUUGAACCAGUUUCACUUUCAUACACAACUCUAGACUACACAGAACUUAAUCGGAAUCCUUCUAACUUCUUCAAACUCACGGAACCAUAAGUCCCAGAAAGACAAGCCAAGAUGGUUCUCACGCUGACAGCUCAGCCUUAAAGAGCCCCCUGAAACAAAUGCAUUUCAACCAAGGUUCCACCCUAAAUCCCUCUAAUGGUUCAGGGGACUCAGGGACCAGCAGAACCACGGCCAGCCAGGCCAGGGGAGCAGACACACGUUACGCCAAGAAGAACGUCCCUACUGUCAGAUAUCAUCCUGACAUCGCAGAGCAAAGAGCUGAGGCCCAUCAGCAUAGUCAUAGCCCUGUCAAGAGCAGUCAGGUUAGGGGUACGCCUGUGGUCUCUCCCCCCAGGACCAACCAGGUUCAAAUAAAAUCUAAUAAAAUCAGCAGAGCCAUGGCCAGCCAGGCCAGGGGAGCAGGAGAAAAGACCACAGAUACAUGUUACGCCAAGAAGAACAUCCCUACUGUCAGAUAUCAUCCUGACAUCGCAGAGAAGAGACCUGAGGCCCAUCAGCAUAGUCAUAGCCCUGUCAAGAGCAGUCAGGUUAGGGUUACGCCUGUGGUCUCUCCCCCCAGGACCAACCAGGUUCAAAUAAAAUCUAAUAAAAUCAGCAGAGCCAUGGCCAGCCAGGCCAGGGGAGCAGGAGAAAAGACCACAGAUACAUGUUACGCCAAGAAGAACAUCCCUACUGUCAGAUAUCAUCCUGACAUCGCAGAGAAGAGACCUGAGGCCCAUCAGCAUAGUCAUAGCCCUGUCAAGAGCUGCCAGGUCAGGGGUAAGCCUGUGGUCUCUCCCCCCAGGCCCAAAGCCCUGCCCCUGGGGUUAGGUCAGAAGGUAGAAGAUGGUGUUGUGGAGGCGGUGGAGCUCCAGACCCGGGGCCAGCGAGAGAACCCCAGCUGGUUUUCCUGGCGUCAGAACCGAAUCACAGCGUCGGUCGCUCACCGCCUCGCCCACAGCCGCUUCGUUACUGGCCAGAGCACUACCCCGCCGGCUUCCUACCUGGCCGCCAUCACAGGCCACGGCACCAACGUCAAGACCCGCGCCAUGACCUGGGGCAUCAUGCAGGAGGCCGAGGCCGUGCGCAGAUAUCAGAUCCUGAAGAGCAAGGCCCUGGGCUGGGCGGUGAGGGUGCAGGAGUGUGGCCUGUUCAUCGACCCCCAGCGCCCCUGGCUAGCAGGCAGUCCUGACGGCAUCGUAGAGGACCAAAGGACCGGCCAACGGCUGCUCUGCCUAGAGGUCAAGUGUCCCUAUAAGCACCGUCAGAACACUGUAGCCCAGGCCUGUAGAGAGGACCCAGCCUUCUGCGUGACGAUACAGGACCAGGGGGAGGAGGGGGGACAGGUGAGGUACCAUCUGAAGCCAGACCACAGCUACUACACCCAGAUCCAGUGCCAGCUGGCGGUGACAGGGUUAACACAGGCUGACCUAGUGGUGUUCACCCUGAAGGAAACAGCCAUCGUCCCUGUGACCUUUGACCCUGCGUUCUGGGACGACACCCUGGCCAAGCUGGAGAUGUUCUACACCGACGCUGUCCUGCCCUACGUCAGAGACAACGGACUGGACGUACCAGCUAUGAGGCCGGAGGAGUAGCUAGCAUGCCUGGACAUUGUGGUAGAACCAUGUGGCUAGCUGGUUGAGGAUGUCAGAUAUAGAAGUCCCUAGACAAACUGUAGUUUUGUCUGUGGUGAAGGACUGGUCUGGGUUGUGUCUGUGGUAAAGGGCUAUGGCGACUGCAUAGAUAAGUGGAACCUUCUGCUUUUGACAGGCAGGCUUGGAGAUUUGAACCUAUUACUUUACUUUACUGUGAAAUAUUUUAAUGUAAAUAAACCAUGCCUGCCUUAA